AUGGUCCCACAAACACGAGUAAACUUCCAAGACUGCAAAAACUACUUAAAACAACUACAAUCAGCAGCAACAACUACAAUCAGCAGCGACAACUACAAUCAGCAGCAACAAUUGCAAUCAACAGAAACAACUACAAUCAGCAGCAACAAUUGCAAUCAACAGAAACAACUACAAUCAGCAGCAACAAUUGCAAUCAACAGAAACAACUACAAUCAGCAGCAACAAUUGCAAUCAACAGAAACAACUACAAUCAGCAGCAACAAUUGCAAUCAACAGAAACAACUGCAAUCAAUCAACAGCAGCAGCACAAUUGCAAUAACAAUCAGGCAGCAACAUCUACAAUCAGCAGCAACAACUACAAUCAGUAGCAACAUCUACAAUCAGCAGCAACAACUACAAUCAGUAGCAACAAUUGCAAUCAACAGCAACAACUACAAUCAGCAGCAACAAUUGCAAUCAACAGAAACAACUACAAUCAGCAGCAACAAUUGCAAUCAACAGAAACAACUGCAAUCUGCAGCAACAACUACAAUCAGGAGCAACAUCUACAAUCAGCAGCAACAACUACAAUCAGUAGCAACAUCUACAAUCAGCAGCAACAACUACAAUCAAAACAACUACAAUCAGCAGCAACAAUUGCAAUCAACAGAAACAACUGCAAUCUGCAGCAACAACUACAAUCAGGAGCAACAUCUACAAUCAGCAGCAACAACUACAAUCAGUAGCAACAUCUACAAUCAGCAGCAACAACUACAAUCAGUAGCAACAAUUGCAAUCAACAGAAACAACUACAAUCAGCAGCAACAAUUGCAAUCAACAGAAACAACUACAAUCAGCAGCAACAACUACAAUCACAGCAACAUCUACAAUCAGCAGCAACAACUACAAUCAGUAGCAUCAUCUACAAUCAGCAGCAACAACUACAAUCAGCAGCAACAACCACAAUCAGUAGCAUCAUCUACAAUCAGCAGCAACAACUACAAUCAGCAGCAACAACUACAAUCAGCAGCAACAACUACAAUCAGUAGCAACAACUACAGUCAGCAGCAACAACUACAAUCAGCAGCAACAUCUACAAUCAGCAGCAACAACUACAGUCAGCAGAAGCAACAACAAUCAGCAGGAACAACUUCAAUCACCAGAAACAACUACAAUCACAGGAAACAACUACAAUCACCGGAAACAACUAACAUCAUUAGCAAUAACUACAAUCAGCAGCAUCAACUACAAUCAGCAGCGACAACUACAAUCAGCAGCAACAACUACAAUCAACCCAACAUAAUAAUCAGAAAAGCUGCGUGUGAUAAUGGUCCAGAAUUCACGCAGAAACUGAGUGUGUCCAAUGACGAAACCUGUACAUCUUUCCUCAAUGAUGGCGGCCUAGUUUACAUUUAUUAA